UCCCAACGAUUUUGAGCGGUUUAAAACACGCCUCCUCUCUCGAUUCACCCUCCCUUCUUCUCCAGCCGCUUCUCCAGAUGCGUAAAGAUACAUCAAUGAUGUUGCACAAAGGUGAGGAGCCAGGGGAGAAGAUGAAUCUAAUGGAUUAUGAGUAUUCCUCUUCAGAGGAUGAUGAUUACGUCCGGACAGACGGUACACGCAGAAGGACCCGUGAAGAAUGGAUUAGAUAUUAUAAACAAAUUGAGGAAAGCGAGGGAUUUGACGUUGAUCCGAUUCCGGGCACAUGUGAGCAUGGUCUUACAGGGUUAGAGAAUUUUGAUUCUGUAACCCUCGUCGAAAGUACGAAAGCGGCUAUUGAACAUUUUAACAUCGAGAAUAAUACGAGCUAUAAGUUUGUAAAGAUAGAGAGGGCAACUUGCUGCGUUGCCGCAGGAUUUGAGUAUCGUAUUACUUUUCAAGCAGUUGAUGGUGAAGCCGAACCCAAAACAUUCCAAGCUAUAACGUUUUAUUGGAUAGAUUGUAGUAUUACUGUUGACUUUUGCAGGCUUAAGUCCAGUGCAAGUUCAUAAAAUGUGUAUUUCUAGUUAUUUGUUUUUUAUACUUUCGAGUCAUAAACUCAUAAUUAUGUGCAUGUAAUACUUAAUUAACUGAGACAUUUCUUAUUUAAUUGGACACUCUUUUAUAGUUUAGACUUGCA